GUUGCGACGAAUAUUUUACGAAUUCCAUCAAGCUUUGACCACCCGCUACAACUUCUUUACAGACGGAAAGAGUUGGCCUUGAAUGUACUCGUUCUCGCCCUUUUGAAUUAACAAGCAAGACCUUCCUUUCCACCGACCACUCUCGUUUACUCAACUGAAAAUUAAUCACGGAAUGCACCUCUCCUUUUUGGCCCUGGCUUUGGCGUUAUUAGUAGCACUGGAAGCUAUUGUAUCCGUACAAGCCUCUUUAUAUGUAAUCAAGCCUCGCCAAGGCGAUACUUGUCACGGCGGCGAGGAAUGUAUUGUAGAAUGGCUCGAUGAUGGUACACGACCUUUGUUGUCGAGUAUCGGUGUGACCACGAUUGGUUUAUACACUGGGACCCAGCAAUUGGUUCAAAACAUUCCCGCUGUCGAUGUGUCUGAAGUCCAAUCUUUCAAGUUCACGCCCACGCCAGAGGCAGGCCCCGAUUCGGAUACCUAUUACAUCGCCUUCUCCUCUACCAUUUUCAAACAAAAUGGAACAUCGUACUUGAGCUUCACACCAUCUUUCAAACUUGACCGGAUGACCGGAUCCUUCUCUGCCCCUCUGGAUUCUGCUACAUCACCUCUAGAGAUACCUUCCUCCCUCACCGCCUCAACUGAGGCUCAAACUUCAUCCUUGUCGACCGUUACUGUCGGUACCCUCUCGACGUCUUUACUACCGCUAGAUACAUCAACUGAGGCGGGAUCAGCAACCACGUCGCGAUUCUCUACUAUGACGAAAUCCCCUGCAACACCGACAUUGCCCUCCCAAUCACAUUCCGCCGGGUCCGGAACUAAUACCACUACAGGUAAUUUGAGACCCAGUCAGUCUUCGAACGGCGCCUUUGCAGACACCCGCCAGCUGGUAUCCUUAUUGGUCACGUUAUCCGUCCUCUCCUUAUGCUUUCUGCUCUGA